AUGGGACAGUGCCGUGUCUACCAGCGAGAUGAGUUGAAUGCUGGAGUCGAAUAUGCGACACUCAGUCACUGUUGGGGAAGCACUAAAUAUCUUACCCUAAGUAAGAGCAAUCUGCAGCAACUAAAAACCCAGAUACCAAGUGAAGAUCUCCCACGUACAGUGCAAGAUGCCAUCACGGUAGCGCAUGAUCUGGGGUUCGAGUACAUUUGGGUGGGUACUCUAUGUAUCGUUCAAGAUGACCUCAUGGACUGGGAAAGAGAAGCAGCGAUGAUGACGAGCGUUCAUGGAAACUCGAGUCCCAAUAUUGCAGCUGCUGGCGCAAGAGAUGGACGAGACGGCUACUUUUUUUCUCGGCCCACCCAUUGGAACUGCAAGUUGCAGUUAUACAAUGGCCAUCACGCCCUUUCUUGUUCUGCAGCCCCUGUCUCUCUUUAUUCGCGAUGCUUAUCUGGCAUGUCGCUAAUGGAACGAGGCUGGGCACUCCAAGAACGCUUACUAGCCGUGCUUACUCUGCAUUUUACGACCACUGAGCUGUUCUGGGAAUGUAAUCACAUCAUAGCCUGUGAAAGCUUCCCAGAAAGACUACCUGGAGGAACCAUGGUGCCCCUCGGAUUUCUGCAUAAACGAACAAUAGACGAUCCAAUGUGGCCGUAG